GAAAGAUUUUCGGCAACAAUGGCGGCUUCUGCGGACACGAACAAGCCACUGUCUCUUCCUGUGCUCCAGGUGAUGCGAAUGACUCACUCACGAGAGGAGAUCACCACGUCACCUGUUUGCCUCUCUGUGCGUGCGCAGGAUCUGAUCAAGAGAGAUCCUGAAGCAUACAGAGAAGAGUACGGACACCGAGAGAUGUGCACAGAUGCACAAAGAGGGAAGGAGGGAGAUGUGUGUUAUGUGAGUUUGAUCUGUGUGAGCAGGUAUGAGUCGCAGGAGGCUCACUUCUCGUCGAGUCUGUCCAUUUUGCGGCUGAAGCCCAACAAAUAUGACAAAGACUUCAACGAACUCACCAUGUUCCUCGCACACGUAAGUACACAGACAGAUGCACUCACACUGACUGACACACACCAUCAAAUGGCAGGCACCUGUGUGUCUGUGGUGCGUGUGUGUAGGUGACGCCCUGCUACCAGAACCAGCAAAAUCAGCAGCAGAACAGUGCCGCCGGUAAGUCGUUGUGUGUCUGCCAUGUGUACAGGUGCAGCUGUUGACUGACACGUGUGUGUGUGUCCACAGGUGCAGCAGCGGCCACUACAGCCCAGCCUUCGUUCGCCGAGCGUCUGAUAGGCCUCUUGCUGGACACGAGCAUCGCCGGGCAGCUGCACGCCAACACCAGACAGGGCAUCGUCAACGCACUCAUACUCCUGCGCAACAGGGACCAAGUCACAUGCACUCGGUAUGACGGUUCACACACAUGGAUGCCCUUGUGGAUGGAUGGAUGGAUGGACGUGUUGUGUGUGCGUGUGCAGCGUGUUGCCUGUGUGGUUUCACCUGUUUGCUCACGUCAAUGACAAGGCAAGCAGAGAGAGGGAAAGAGAGACAGAGAGAGAGGCGCACUGCACUCACUGUGCGUGAAUAUGUCUGUUCUGCGGCCAUUCCAUGCAGGCUCUGCGGAAGCAGCUGUUGACCCACAUAGUGCGCGACAUCACCAAGAUGAACAAACGCAACAAAGACAUGAAGGUCAGCCGGCCAGCGCCGCAGACACACACACUGCAUGGACAUAUGUGUGUGUGUGUCUUCACACACAGGUCAACAACGCCCUGAUAGCCUACCUGAGCACCCACCUCAAGGCCAACAGCAACGCCAUGUGCGCUAGGAAGGCCAUCGCCGUCAUGAUUGAAAUGCACAGGUAUGCAUCACACGCAAACACAACCACACGCACAUGCACACGCAUUGGGUAUCCAUGCAGGCGGUCUGUGUGGCGUGACGCGCGUGUGGUCAACAUCAUUGCGGGCGCCACCCUGCACACAGACCUGAAGGUCCGCAGAGCAGUGCACGUGUCCAUCCAUCCAUCCAUCCAUCCAUCCAUCUGUGUGUCUGCCACAGGUGUCACUAGCGGCGGCGCACUUCAUGCUGGGCAACAAGACGAAGGGACAGGUGCCCUCACACACACACACACACACACACAUCGAUCACUCACACACGCACAUCCGUGUUGGUUGAUGCAGGAUGAUGACGCGAGCGACGAGGAGCAGACCAAACACGACACUGCAGAGGUGACUGUGGGUGUAGUUGUAGGUGUAGGGAGAGAGUGUGUGUCUGCGUAUCUGCAGGUUGCGCGUGAGAUUGUUGGUGCCCGCAAGACAGCCGGGCGCAUCAAGAAACUCAAAAAAGCCAAACUGGUACGCCUGGCACAAUGCACCACCACGUAUGUGCUCUCGUGCACCUCUCUCUCUGUGUUGUGUGUGGUGAUCGACACAGAUGGUCAAGAAACAGGCGGAGAAGAAGAAAAAGAAGGCCAAGGGAGGUGAGCGCGCCACUCACACACUCAGGAAUUCACACACGCAUACACCUGUUGUGCACGCGAAUGCAGGGUCCGAUGGCGUUGUGAACUUCGCCGUGUUGGAUCUGGUCUACGACCCGCAGACACUCGCCGAACAGAUAUUCGGUCGGUCGGUCGGUCAGCCGAUGCACACGCGCACAUGGUCAUGUGUGUGUGUGGAUGAUUGCGUUGCGUGUGCAGCCCGUGUGCGCGGCAACAAGGAGCCCUUCUCGUUUCGACUGGUGCUGCUCAACCUGACCUCACGGCUCAUCGGUCAGUGAGUGAAUGCGUGUCUCUUCGUGGGAUGGAUGGACGAAUGUAUGGAUGUGUGUCUCGUGUGUGUGUGUGUGUUCAGGUCGUCACCAGCUGUUUGUGAUGAGUUUCUACUCGCACGUCAUGAGAUACCUCAGGCCGACACAGGUGCGUACGCACACAGACAGACAGACAAACAGACAUGGGUGCACUCAUGUGUCUGUCUACCAUGUGUGUGUCUGUGUGCUUGUGUGGUGUGUGGUGUGUGGUGUGCAGAGGGAGGUGACGCAGGUGCUGGCGUGUGUGGCGCAGGCCACUCACCCACUCAUACCGCCUGACGAGGUGCGCCCGUACAACACACACACAUACACACACUCAUCUGCUUGCAUGCGUGUGUGUCAUCUAUCCAUUCAUUCAUCCAUUCGCCAGCUGCAUCCGCUGAGCAAGUGUCUGAUGAACACGUUCGUGUCCGAAAACAACAGCUCACAGGUCAUCGCCGUCGGCCUCAACGCGGUAAGGAACAGCACACGGCCCACUCACAUCCAAACAGACACACAAACACCCAUGUGUGUGUGUGCGUGUGUGUGUGCAGAUCCGCGAGGUGUGUGCCCGUGCCCCGCUGGCGCUUGACGCCGACAUGCUCGCCGAUCUGUGCGAAUUCCGCACAUACAAAGACAAAGGUACCCAUAUACACAGAGAGAGAGAGAGGGAGGCAGCCACAUGUGUGUAAUGCGUGUGUGGGUGUAGGUGUGAUGAUGGCGGCGAAGGGUCUGAUCAACCAGUAUCGCGACACGUACCCCUCCCUGCUGCCGAAAGCCAUGCGCGGCAAAGAGGGAACCAUGGCCGUCAUCGCACACAAGGUACGUACCUUCACCCACCAGACACCCACCACACACGCGCACAACCCUCCAUCCCUCUUCGUGUGUCUUGUGUGUGCCAUCAGGACAAUCGUCCCCAGUACGGCCAGUCGACGGCCGCCACUCAGGUGGAGGGCAUCGACCUGCUCGCCAAGAAGGCGCAGCAGCAUGAACAAGAACAGCCCGAAGAUGAUGAGCAGGAACAAGACGAAGACGACGAGCAAGGAGACGGCCAGCAGCCAGACGAGGACAGCGACCUCGACAUCGAUGAGGACGACCUGGACGAGCUGCUAGACGAUGACAGCGAUGCUGAUGAGGGCGAGGACGACCUGCAGGAAGAGGGCGAGCCGCGUGGCAAGGGCACCAAGCGCAAGAGACCAGACGAUGAGCAGCAAAGUACCGACACCACCAGCGCCGCCAUGUUUGAUCGCGUCCUCGGCCAAGAGGACUUCGCAAAGAUCCGCAGGCAAGCACAAACACACAUACAGGCACCCCACCAUAGUGUCAUUUGUGUGUCCAUUGCUGCAUUCGUUAGGUUGAAGCUCAAGCACGACGCCGAGGUGGCCAUGGGCGGCAAAGGCAAGAAGCCGUUAUCGUCACAAAGGGCCGGUGGUGACGAGUGGGAGACCGACAGCGACGCUGAGAGCGAUGCGAGCGGGUCGGAGGACGAGAAGAGCGACGACCAGGAGGUGAGAAUGACGCCACAUACACACACACAAAUGCAGAAUGAUGUGGUGGUGCAGGCUGACACCGAUCGAGUGAAUCCCGACGACCUGCGGGGCGUGAGCAAGAAGAAGCGGACUCGAGCAGAGAAGCUCGCCAGUGUGCUCAAGGGACGCGCUGACAAGAAGAAGAACAAAGGUCCCCUCCCAACACACAGACGGGAGAGCAAUCCAUCCAUCGCCGUCUGUGACGGGAGAGCAAUCCAUCCAUCCCCGUCUGUGUGCACCGAUGCAGGCAAGAACAAGGGCGCUGGUGAUGCAGCGGCAGCGGUGGUGUCGAUGCCGAAUGCGGUCAAGAGCCGCAACAAGCCCAUCAUGAUGGUGCGCAACAAGCGGGCCCUCCAGGACAAGAGAAAGCAGGAUUUGCAGACCAAGGUGGCCGGCCUCCGCAAACACAUCAAGAACCUGAGGAUGAAGACCGGCGGCAAGGCCAGGAGACGCAAGAAGUAAAUGCUUGUGCUUGGUGCUGCAUGUGGUGCGAGUGAGAGGCUUUGUGUCGGUGGAUUCUUCGUGUGAGCCGUCUGAUCUCGAUCGCGACGCAAUCCGUGGCGUCUCGAGCUAAGACGCCAUGGGUUAGGUCGCGAUCGGCUGGGUGCACACACGAAGAAUGAACGACACACGCAGACAGACAGAGAAGCAAUGGAUGGAUGGACACUGCAUUCAUGUCGUUGGAUGUCAGGAGUUUCUGGUGGGUGUCUCAGCGGUUUUCCUGCUCCGAUUGUGUGUUGUGAGUGAACGUCGGGAUGUUUUUUGAUUGAUUAUCAAAGUGACGAGGCCUCAGUGGAUAAAGAUUGACACGC